UGAUCCUGCCAACAUGGCGACUCCCGUGAAUCGACCAAGUUCUGACUCAGUUUUUUCCAUUGAACGCGACGAAAUGAAGGAGAGGGUCACUGAUAAAUUACAGCGUAGGCAAGAGGAGAGAAUGGCCAAGCUCGAGGAAAGGAAACUCAAGCGAGAAUCAGCCACUGGGAAGCAAGAGAAUGCUGAUUAUUUCAGGAAUACCUUUGCGAAGGAGAUGACAGCCAUAGAAAAUCGCCUUGCUACCGCCGAUACUGUGGAAAAGUCGGCCCUCCCUGAUUUCUUCGACGGGCUCAUCGUUGCUAUCCAAAAAUUGCUCCAGUUUGUUACCGAUUCCAUGCUGUCCUUGACCUCGUAUGAGAUACGGAAAUUCCAGGAUGAUGUUUAUCAGCUACACGCAGACAUGGUAGAGAGGCGUGAUGAGCUCAUCCCCAAAAAGAAGUUUACUUUCAAAGGCAGACAGAAGAAAUCAGACAAACCCAAAGAAGUUGAGAAGCCUGGGGCUGCCGUGGAAGAGGUGGAUGGACCCACAAACAUAACCACUGACCUGUUGAGGUUUCAGUGUGGCUUUGUUGACCUAUCAGAUUCUGACCUGGCGCUACAAUCUGAAGAAAUUCAAGCCAAAGAUAUUGGGCUGACCAACCUUAAAUCAUGUUCUGUGAAACUGUUUGGAUCACCAAAUGCCAUACACAUGAACAAUCUGACCAACUGUAAGAUCUUUUCGGGUCCUGUUCCUGGCUCUAUAUUUGUGGAUAAUUGCCAAGAUUGUACUAUUGUGGUGUCUUGUCAGCAGCUGCGAGUACACCAUACUACCAGUACCCAGUUCUACCUUCACGUCACCAGUCGUGCAAUCAUUGAGGAUACUUCUGAUGUGGGAUUUGCACCAUACAACUGGAGUUAUGAUGGACAAGAGGAUGACUUCCAGACUAGCCAGCUUGAUCGAAGCCGUAACAGCUGGGAUGACGUGGACGACUUCAACUGGCUAGCCAGUGACAAAGCUUCACCAAACUGGAGUGUCAUACCCCCAGAAAAGCGGGUCGUUUCCUGGUAGUUAAGAUGAACAUUAAGCUAUUCACCACUUGUUGGAAAGCAACUUUGUUUCUUAGAUGUACAUUUUUGUGUAGCUACAUGUCUUAAAUCUCAACAGAAAGAUUUUUAGUUAAUGUUCUUGAAAAUUGCACUUUUCAGAUGUUCUAUGCUUUACCUGACAAAUGAAAGUACUGAUUUGGAUAGCUGAUAGCUUUGAGGUCAUCUUCAGAACCCACUUUUCUGUUUGCGAGUUUUUUCUUUCAAACUUUAAUAUGAACUGAAAAUUUGUGGAGUGAAAAUAUGUAACAGAAAAUUUUUCUCUCAGGCCUAUUGUCAUGUAGAGAAGAAGCAACAAAUUGCAUUUAAAAGACAACUAACUGAGCAAAGUAUACAAAAUUUGGCCAUAUUGUAGUGCCAAAAUAGCUGUAACAUCACACUCUCGCUCGCCACACAAAUAUGCCCAUAAAAAUUGCAAAAUGAAAUUUUGAAAACAAGGUUGAAUUGGACACAGAGAUACAUACACAUGGACCGCAUUUUAAUUUUAAAUCGCUCAGUCCCUCUUGCUUUAUGAUUUUUGUGCCAUAUAAUUUACAGAGUUCACAUUACGAUAUUUAGCAUUAAUGUAGCAAGAGAGGCAUUGAUGGUAUGAUGAGAUACCUAUUUGUUUACUGCUCGCUGAUGACACCAGCUACAAGUUCUCUUGCUUUUGGAGAUAAUGUAAUUGUAUUUGAGGUUUGGAAGUGUUGUCCAAUUGAGAACUUGAAAGAAUACUUGAAUUAAAAAGCAAAGUCACAUUGACUUUUCUCUUUACAUUUCAUGAACCGUUAUUUAUGAUAUUCAUGUUGAUUUUAAUAUAAAACAAUCUUAAUUUUAAAAACAAAUUAUAAUAAAUGUACACUUUUAAAGUAAUGUGAGAAAAAUAGCCGAUGAAAAUGGCGUUGAUAAUAAAGAACAAUUGUAACCCUUAAACGCAAACGGUUCUCAAUCCCUGACAUUUGAAAGGUGAUUUGAAUUCAUAUUACAUAUUUUUCUUCACUAAGUUUUCUCUAUUCGUCGUCCAGUUUAAUAUCCAUUCCAAUUCUUGGCCAUGUCAAAACAGGGGUUCAUAAAAUGUGAAGUGACAGUGAAGACUCCACGAUGUGAUUUUUUGGUGUUUUUUUGUACUGGACGAAACAUGACAUCUCAAUUUUUUUCCUGUCUUCUUUGGUACGUAGCAACAGAUUCGCUGAAUCCAUGUAUAGCCACUAUCAUUGAAAAGAAGUCUUAUUAAACUUUUCUUCCUGCUUUCUUAAUAAUGCAGGGCUUUGUUGCUGUGA